AUGCAGCUCAAGACCUCAAUUGUCCUUGUUGCUGCCCUAGCAGCCGUGGGAGAAGCAAGCCCAUUCCGCUUCCCUCUCCGUCGCAAUGCUGAGGAGUCCAAAUCCGACGUCAAAUACGUGACUGUGCACCCUGUUCCCUUGUUCCCUCCUGGAACUGGAGCUCCAACUGCAGUUCCAACUGCGACUCCAACUGACCCUGAUACCACUCCUGCUCCCACCACCGACAUUCCAGUCCCCACAUUUCCAGGUACCGGUGCUCCCAAUCCACAGCCUUCGCAAACCCGACCUGUGUCCAUGGAGACUCUCACUGUUACAUACACACUGGGCGGUGGACCCUCGAAGACUGUGGUGACCAGGACUGUCACCCGCCCUUGCCCUGAAACUCCCCAGGCAACUGCUCCAGAAGGGGGCAACGGUGGUGGCGAGCCCACCACCUCCGCUACAACAACCAUCUCGACCACUUCAACCACCACAAAAACGGUUACUCUGUAUCCCACCGAUAAUGCACCUGGUGGUGAACAGGGCAACGGCGGUAAUGGCGGCAACGGCGGAGCUACUUGCGUGCCAGUUACCGUCACAGUCAAGGAGACUGUUACUGCUAAAGAAACCGUCACUGUUACCGCCCCUUCAGAACCCCAGCCCACUGACGGUGAGGAACCUGAAUUGCCCAACCUCCCACCACUUCCGACCUUGAACGAACCGCCAGUGAUCACCACGAUCCCAACUAUUCCAAGCCCCCCUUACCAAAACGGAACCAUCCCAUCCACCACCGUUUUGCCUGGCACCGGCUCCGUGACCAGGACACCCCUGCCAACUGGCUACUAA